AGGCUGCUGAUUGGCUGAGGCAGGUCCCACCUCCUGCCAUCCUGAGGGUGAGGGGCAGAGGGAAGGGUCUUUGAUGGGCAGUGAGAGGAACCAGGCUGCCGGAGCCAACCCAGGGCUGCCCCUUCCUGGCCCAGUCAGAGCCCUUGGGCUUGAGAAACACUGUCUUUCGUGGAGGGGCAUUGGCCUCACUCUUUCUUGGCUUCCAGCACCCAGGGAGGCUGCAGAUGGCAGAAUCUGUGGGGACAGCAGCUGCGACUGAGUCCACGGGCUGACGCUGAGCUGCUUAGGCCGAGGCGGUGCGGUCAGUCCAGAGCUCCCGGAACAGGCAUCUGCAGGGCUUGAGCCAAGGCCACCGCGAUGCCACACUUCCUGGACUGGUUCGUGCCUGUUUACCUGGUCAUCUCUGUCCUCAUCCUGGUGGGCUUCGGUGCCUGCAUCUACUACUUCGAGCCCGGCUUGCAGGAGGCACACAAGUGGCGCAUGCAGCGCCCCCUGGUGGACCGUGACCUCCGCAAGACGCUGAUGGUCCGCGACAACCUGGCCUUUGGGAGCCCCGAGGUCUGAAUUGACAGUGGUUGAGGGGGCAGGCACCGGGCUCCCUCUCCAUCCCCGCCCAGCCAGGAGGUCCAGGGGCAGAGGGAGGACGACCCCUCGUCCUCCACUCCAUCCGUCUGCAGCCUGAGUCCUCCCAGGAAGAGGUGAUCCGGGAGGACCCUGGCUGCGGAGAGAUGGGGCACCCGGGUGCCUUGAGGUGUGGCUGCUGAUGGCCCAGGGCUUGCUAUCCCUGUCAAGCCAGUUCACCCCACACCUGUCCUCCCCAGCUCUGGAGACACCCCCAAUGGCCCCAGUGCCUUUGUCCUCCUAGCACACCUGCCUCUCCCCCUGGAGUCACGGGCAGCUGCCCCGGCCUGUCCUGAGUCUCCAGAUCUCCCACUUCCCUGUCGGAUCCUCAGUUACACUCGGCUCCCCACUCCAGCCAAUGACACCGACCCUGCAGCUUCAUGUGGUGGGCUUCAACGCUGACCCAAGGAAAGGGCCCUCUUUGGAGGAAUGUCAGCUUAGUCCAGCCCAGCCCUACCACUCUGGACCCAGGUGUGGCAUUGGUGAGUGUGUGCGAGGAGUUUGCAAGGGGCAAGGCAAUAGAGGAAGAAGUGUGUGUGUGAUAGACUUUGGGGACAUUGGCAGACAGGGAGAGGGGAGGAGAUGCAUAUAUGUCUGAGAGGAAGAGUGGGGGCUCCGGGUCGGAUGGGAGGUGGUGGAGACGGGGUGCGUGUUCUGGGCUGUGUGGGGGCCACCAGCAGCAAUUCCCACCCCCCCUCCCUCUGCUGGACUUCCCUAUCCCUCCCCUUUCCCAAGGCUGUUGCAGUUGGCAGGAGCCCCUGCCCUCCCCUCCUGGUCCCUACUGCACCUCCAGGGACAAUCUCAGUUUCCCACCGAGCCAGGCCCCCUGGGCCCCCAACCCCACCCUGGAGCCCUCCUCCUCAGUCGAGCACCACCACCUCCUUUUGGGCAUAGCUUGGCAACCUGCCUCACUCUCCUCUGGGGCUUCCAUCUUAAUUUACUGCAGUAAUAAAGACUUCAUGAGUACCUUUGCAGGACUACCUCCUUUCCUAAAAUUAAGAUUGUGUCUGUCACCUCACUGGGUCCUCAUAAAAAACGUGAUAGCUCAAUAUUCCCCAUUUUAGGGAUGGGAACACAGAAUCUCCAGGUGGGUAGAGUGGAUCCUCAGCAGUGGCACUGUUGCUCAUCCUUCACUGUGGGAGGCUGUCUUUUGCAUUGCUGAAUGCUGAGCAUCUCUGGGCUCUACCCACUGGAAACCAGUAGCAUGCAUCCCCUUUCCCCCAAAAUGCUAACUGGAAUCCUUGGAGUUGAGAACCAGUCAGGAUAUAAAUUCAGGCACAGAGAAGCAAAAACAAUAGGGCCUUAAACCAAAGAG